AUGAACCCCGAUGCGAGUUUGAUUACUGCGCUCGUAGAGCGGUGGCGACCCGAGACGUCGACCUUCCAUCUACCGUGUGGUGAGAUCACGAUCACGUUAGAGGACGUUGUUACACUGUCCGGUCUGGCGAUCGACGGUGAUUCCGUCGUAGUUGAUAUACCGGAUGAGGAGUGGUCGGCGAUCUGUUUGAGACUAUUAGGACGGGUUCCGGUUGAUCUUGUAGGCGGUGUCGCUGUUGUUAGGAUUGUUUGGCUGAGGGUUGAAUUCAGUCAUCUGCCGGAAGAUGCAUCACAGGAGGUUAUGAAGGACCACUUCUAA